AUGACAGCAGUGAAAGCAAUUAACCUUGUGCUGCCUGAGGUCAAGGUGUAUCCAGUUGGCUCCAGCAUAUGUGGCCAACUGGUUCUGAACCUCAGCAGUACCCUUGUGGACCCUGUUGUGAAAAUGGAGCUCAUGGGAAGGGGUUACCUGAAGUGGCCGGAGGGUAAUCCAGAACUGGACUAUGAAGAGAUCAUAGUUUGCACCAACAAAGCUGUCUACAUCUCCAAAGCAAAGAAGUUCCACAUAGCAGACAGCUGCCUGGAUUCUGGGAUCCACACCUUUGAUUUCCACUUCAGCUUUCCUCCAGAGGCUCCCUCCACAUAUAAAGCUGGCUGCAUCUUCUAUUUCAUGAAAGGGAUUUGCUGCAGCCACAGUACUGUCUUAACUAAAGAGUGGAGAUAUUUCUGUUGCAAAGAAUCAGUGGUGAGCACAUGGGACAAAAUGUUAUGCAAGGAGCACUUUGAGAUCCAGAAUGGAGGUCCUCUUUUCAGCCAUGCCACUUGUGGUGUAGUGAGGAAGACUGUCCUCUGGGUGAAAGGCAGGGCCUGGUGGAGGUAUGAGCAGCUUCAGAUGUUCCUUCACAACUUUGGACAUGCGGUUUCUGGGGAACACCACGUGUCCAGCAGCAAUAGUUCACUGUGCUUUGCCUUCCCACUCAUUCUCCCCAUGCAGGCUCUCUUGGUGGUAGAAGCUAGGAUUGAUGUCGUUUACCUCUGCUGCUUCAUCCAAGGCUCUGUGAUACUCUGCAUCUCCCUGAAGAAAAAUGUAUUUUUCCCUGGUGAAACUACUGUCUUCACAACAGAUAUUGCCAACAUGCAAUUACAUUAUCAAAAUGAAGUGACAAGGUUGGAGUGCCAGUCAGGCACAGCCCCCUUUGAUACCAUGAGAGUCACCAGUGCACUGGUUCUGCCAAAAACAUUACCUGUCACCAAUGCCCUGAGAGGAAAUAACAUCAUGGCAUUCAAGUAUGAGCUGGUAGGAACCUCUAACCUUCCCUAUGCCACAUCAAACAUCUUGGGCAAGGAGCCUAUCAUCAUAGCAGCCAUACCAGAGCAUUUGUGAGCAGAGCAUCAUGAUUCUGAAUGAAAAUCAAGGUUAGCCUUCACAGAGACAUUUACGAGAAUGAUCUAGGAGCAAUUGGAUGCAAGGAAUAAAGGAUAUUUUUUGUUCUUCAAGAUCUGUGCAUAUUAUCUCUCUGCUUUCACAAGAGGAGACUGUGGUUGCAGAGGUGCUCUGGUGAUUUCCAAAACAAGAGGGUAAAACUAGCCAAGAUCAGGAAGGCACAUGAAGGGAGCCUGUGGUCCUGCUGAAGUCAAAUCUGAUGGCUAAGGAAGAGUAGGAGACUCAACAGUGCC